AUGAAUGAAGGCAGAGAACAGCAAGGGAAGGAAGCAACUGACCAGAAACAGUUGAAGCGGCUUUCUAAUGAUGUAGUUCCUCACAUCCUCAACCUAUAUGGUUCUUCUGCAACACCUCAUGACUUUGAAAUUUAUGCUCCAAAUGCAACUUUUGAAGACCCGCUUAUGUGUGCUCAUGGAGUGAAGCAAAUAAAAUCAGCAUUUUACUCACUUUCCAAGGUCUUUAGUGAAUCCAAAAUUGUGGAAUACAGCAUACAAGAAAAUGCAGUCAGCCCUGGGAAAGGAGAGGUACUAAUUGACAACAAGCAACAUUAUAAGUUCUUGGGGAAGGACAUAAACAUGAUAUCAUUGAUCAAGCUGCGCAUUGAUGAGGGAAAGGUUGUCCGCCAUGAAGAUCGGUGGGACAAGAAACCACUAUGGAACAGAGACACAGUGAAGCUGCCGUUACUUGGUCGAUUUGUGGAAACAGUCCGCAGGGGUUCAAUGCUUGCAACUCAUGUUCUGAUGAGAUUUGGUAAGGACCCAAAAUGCUAAAGCUAGU